AUGCUAUCCAGCAGAAUUUCCAGCCGUUUGGCCCGCAGUGCCAGAAGCUUGUCCACCUCCCGGGUGCGGCUCGAUGCGGUGGUAGUCUCGGGAACCAAGUUGGCCAAGUCCAUCAGACACCAGAUCGCCGACAAGGUCAUCUCGUACAACAAGACCCAUUUCAAGGAGCUUGCCGACGCUGGCGAGCUCGCGUUCGACGCGUUGAAGUUCCGUCCUUCCUUGACCAUCAUCCAGGUCGGCUCCCGUCCUGACUCGUCUGCGUACGUCAGAUCCAAGUUGAAGGCAGCCCAGUCGUCCAACAUCCGUUCCGACUUGCUCAAGUUGGACGAGCACAUUUUCCAGGAGGCUCUCUUGGAGGAAAUCGACCGUUUGAACAAAGACCCCAAGGUGAAUGGGGUGUUGAUCCAGUUGCCCUUGCCCAAACACAUCGACGAGACCUUGGUCACCAACUCGGUGGCCACUCUCAAGGACGUGGACGGCUUCGACAGAUACAACGUCGGAGAGUUGUCCAAACGUGGCGGUAAUCCGUUGUUCAAGCCGUGCACUCCCAACGGGAUCAUCGAGUUGAUCAAGACCACUGGCGUCAAGUUGAGAGGAAAGAACGCGGUGGUCAUUGGUAGGUCCGACAUUGUGGGUACACCUGUGGCAGCCAUGUUGCGAAACGAGGACUGUACCGUCACCAUUUGCCACCGUCACACCGAAAACUUGCCUGCCAUUGUGCGCCAGGCAGACAUCGUGGUGGCCGCCGUGGGGAUCUCCGAGUACGUCAGGGCCGACUGGAUCAAACAGGACGCAGUGGUGAUCGAUGUAGGAAUCAACUACAAGGACGACGCCAGCGCCAAGAACGGCAAGAAGUUGGUGGGAGAUGUCGCCUACGACGAGGUGGCAGCCAAGGCGUCUUUCAUCACUCCUGUUCCAGGUGGCGUUGGGCCCAUGACGGUGGCGAUGUUGUGUUCCAACGUCUACGAUGCCGCCGUGUUGCAAGCGAAAAAAGCCCACGAGCACGCAUUCAAGCCAUUGCCUUUGGUGCUCCAGGACCCUGUGCCCUCGGACAUUGCCAUUUCGCGUGCCCAGAAGCCCAAGAAGAUCACCAAGAUCGCCGAGGAGUUGGGGCUCUUGGAGAAGGAGUUGGAGCCCUACGGCCACUACAAGGCCAAGGUCGACCCCAAGUUGAUCAUCGACCGUUUGGACGAGCAGGCUGAAGGCGACAAGGUCGCCAACGGAAACUACGUGUUGGUUGCCGGUAUCACCCCCACGCCUUUGGGUGAGGGUAAGAGUACCACCACCAUGGGGUUGACCCAAGCUUUGGGUGCCCACUUGGGGUACAACUCCAUCGCCAACGUCAGACAGCCCUCCAUGGGUCCCACUUUUGGGGUCAAGGGUGGUGCUGCUGGUGGUGGCUAUGCUCAAGUCAUUCCCAUGGACGAGUUCAACAUGCACUUGACAGGUGACAUCCAUGCCAUUUCUGCGGCUCAGAAUUUGUUGUGUGCCGCUGUGGACACCCGUAUGUUCCACGAGAGCACCUCCAAGACCAUCAAGGGCUUCUACAAGCGGUUGGUUCCUGCCAAAAAGGGCAAGAGAUCGUUCACGCCCUCGAUGUUGGCUAGAUUGAACAAGUUAGGCAUCACCGCCACCAACCCAGACGACUUGACAGACGCCGAGAUCGAGCAAUUCGCCAGACUCGACAUCGACCCCGAGUCCAUCACCAUCAAGAGAGUGGUCGACUGCAACGACAGAUUCGUCAGAGAAAUCACCAUUGGCCAGGGAAAGAACGAGGCGUCCAAGUUCCCACCAAGAAAGAGCGGUAUGGACAUCACCGUGGCCUCGGAGUUGAUGGCUAUCUUGGCGUUGUCCACCUCGUUGAAGGACUUGAGAGCCAGAGUUGGAAAGCUCGUGGUUGGUACCCAAGCCAACACCGGCGUUGCCAUCACUGCUGAAGACGUUGGAUGUGCCGGUGCCAUCACCGCCUUGCUCAAGGACGCCAUCAAGCCCAACUUGAUGCAAACCUUGGAAGGUACUCCUGUGUUUGUCCACGCUGGACCUUUCGCUAACAUCUCCAUCGGAGCCUCUUCCGUCAUUGCCGACCGUGUUGCCUUGAAGUUGACCUCGCCUUCCAACCCCAUCAACAACGGCCAAAAGGGUUUCGUGGUCACCGAAGCCGGUUUCGACUUCACCAUGGGUGGUGAGAGAUUCUUCAACAUCAAGUGCAGAACCUCCGGCUUCAAGCCCAAUACCGUGGUGUUGGUUGCCACCUCUAGAGCCUUGAAAUUGCACGGUGGUGCCACUGACGUUAAGCCUGGCCAGCCAUUGCCUCAAGAAUACACUUCCGAAAAUCUCGAAUUCUUGGAGAAGGGAUGUGCCAACUUGGCCAAGCAAAUCGCCAAUAUCAAGCAGUACAACGUUCCAGUUGUAGUUGCUAUCAACCAGUUCGAAACCGACACCGAGGCUGAAAUCAAGUUGAUCCAAGAACAAGCCCUUGCUGCAGGUGCCGAUUUUGCUGUUCCUUCCAACCAUUGGGCCAAAGGUGGUGCCGGUGCCGUCGAGCUUGCCAAGUCCGUGGUGGAGGCAGUCAAGUUGUCCAACAACGACACUCCACAAAACUAUUUGUAUGAUGUGAACGACACUGUCGAAAACAAGUUGUUCGCCAUUGCUUCCAAGAUGUACGGUGCCUCUGCCAUUGAAUUGUCUCCAUUAGCCAAGCAACAGAUCGAAACCUACACCAGACAAGGUUACGACAAGUUACCAAUCUGCAUUGCCAAAACUCAAUAUUCAUUAUCGCAUGAUCCAGCCUUGAAGGGGGUUCCAACCGGGUUCACCGUUCCUAUCAGAGAAGUCAGAUGUUCUGCCGGUGCUGGAUACUUGUAUGCCUUGGCUGCAGAAAUCAUGACCAUCCCAGGAUUACCUACACAUGCUGGAUUUAUGAAUGUAGAAGUCAAUGACGAUGGAGAAAUCGAAGGAUUGUUUUAA